AUGCUGGUUCGUAUUAGAUCCCCUAAUGGAACUCAUCGCUAUGAAGUCUCUCCGACAGAUGACCUGGAAAAACUAAUUGGAAAGAUUAUGAUCGACUGCCCGGAAGCCGACCCUAGUACAUUGGCCUUAUCCAACCAACCCCGAGGUGGCGAGAAGCUAGUUACUAAUAUUUCGGGAUCGUGUUCUCAACUAGGCAUCAAACACGGUGAUCUACUUUUCGCCUCUUACAAGUCUACAGGAGAAAUAGGAUUCUCAGCUCAGGUGUUAGCCAAAACGAGUAGCGCAGAUGGAGACCAACUUCCGGCAUCAUCGAGUCUAGACCAACCCAAGCCCAGCAACCAAACAUGGAAGGAUGUUAAAGAACUAGAGAUUGACCAGAUUUUAGAAAAGGAAGAUGGCAAGAUUCCUCGGAAUCGUGAUGGAAAGUUUUGCAGGCACGGUGACAAAAGCAUGUGUGACUAUUGUAUGCCAUUAGAGCCAUAUGACCCGUCGUUUCACACCGAGCGCGGAAUCAAACAUCUGUCCUUCCACUCCUUCCUUCGAAAACUGAACGCCGCAACCAACAAGCCAGAAACCGGGGCAAGCUAUAUCCCUCCACUCGAAGAACUGGAUUACAAAGUUACCAUUCCGUGUCCUUCUGCUAGCCAUGCCCCAUUCCCGGCCGGGAUUUGCAGUAAAUGUCAACCGAGCGCCAUCACGUUGCAGCUACAGCCAUACCGAAUGGUGGAUCAUGUCGAGUUCGCCACUCCAGCUUUGAUCGAAAAUAUGCUAGUGUUUUGGAGGAGGACCGGGUGCCAAAGGUUCGGUUACAUGCUGGGAAGAUACGAGCGGUAUGAUCAAGUUCCACUCGGAAUAAAGGCCGUGGUCGAAGCCAUUCACGAACCGCCUCAACAGGGAGAGCUAGACGGAAUCCAGAUCGGUUUACCAUGGGAUGAUGAGCGAAGAGUGGAAGAAUUGGCUUCUACUUCUGGCUUGCAUGUCGUCGGAAUGAUUUAUACGGACCUGACGCCGGAUGAUACCUCAGAAGAGGCCAAGGCGGCCGGAAAAGUGAUGUACAAGAGACAUGCCCAGUCAUUCUUCCUCUCCUCAUUAGAAACGAUCUUUGCAGCACAUCAACAAGCCAAUCGAUCUAACCCUUCGCGGUUUUCGGCGUCUGGAAAAUUCUCGAGCAAAUUCGUCACUUGUGCUAUUACGGGCAAUCAGGAAGGCGGGAUCGAUGUUAGCGCGUACCAAGCAAGUGAUCAGGCUGUCGCCAUGGUAAAAGCGGAUAUGAUUGAAGCUAGUGUGGAUCCUGGGACUGUGAGGUUAAAAGAUGAUGAAUCGCAGGAAGGAAAGUUAUCAACCCGAGCAAGAUACAUACCCGAUGUAUUUUACAGGUACAAGAACAAGUAUGGCAUUGAUAUCAAAGAGAAUGCCAAACCAUGCUUCCCGGUUGAUUAUUUGCUGGUUUCUUUGACUCACGGAUUCCCAGAUGCACCGUCUCCACUAUUUUGUUCCCCAACUCCAUUUCCUAUCGAAAAUCGAGCGGGGCUACACGACCAAUCCAUGGAACUUGUCACGAACAAAAUCCGACCCGUCCUUCAAAACUUCACUAAUUCUUUUUCAGACUCGCAAGCUUCCAGUGAUGCUAAAGGAAAGAGUCGAGAACAAGAUAACGAAGACGAUCAUCUAUCUAAAUUGCAGAUAUAUCUAUGCGAUUGGCAUUUGCUUUCAUUUAUUGAUUCAAUUGGAAUCUUCGACCGGUCGGAUAUGGCUCAUUUAAUCAACUUUGCCCUUUGUCGUGACCCCGAACGGCUCCAUUCGACGGCUCAAGCACUAUUUCAAACCAACUCUUGGCAAACAUUGCUAGCAAUUGUCCAGGAGUCGGGAUCUAAUUCAGCGCCCACAAAUGGUGUUAACCAAUCAUCGAUUGGAGAGACAAGAGUCUCAGGUGGUAAUGAAGAAUCCUAUCCUACUUCCUCGAUCCAAAACCCUAAUGAUUUUGAUCUCAACGAUCCACAUAUCUCCGGGGGAUCUGACCCACUUAAUUGCCCUCAUUGUACCUUUUCUAAUCCUGCUGGUACGGUCGAUUGCUCUGUUUGCGGCUUACCCUUGUCUUAA